AUGGAAUCUCCAACGCCUCAACAAUCAGCAGUCAAGGCCAUCUCUCCUAGAUCCAAAAUCCCCGUCAAAUCUCCCAUCAAACCCCCCAUCAAAGUGCAAAAAGUCCAACACACCACAAACUACAACCAAAUCACAACCUACUUCAAGAUCCCCGAAAAGCUGCCGCGCGCGCCCACGCUCAAGGGCCUCGACGUCACCCGCCUGCCCGACGACCUCAAGCUGAUUGGGCCCGAGAACUGGGCGACGUGGUCCAGCAUCAUGAUGGCCAUUGCCGACGUCUCGGGCUUUGACAAGGCGGCGCUGGAGGAGAUGCCGCAGGCGGUGCAUGUGAGCUGCUGGCACAACAGCCAGAAGACGCUGGACGAGAUCCGCGAGGGCAAGAUGCUGGGGCUGCUGAUCAAGUUCAACAUCUCGGCGCAUAUGAAUGACUUGGUUUGUGGAGACGGAUCCGACGAGCAUUUUGAAGAGGAAUGGGGGGUGUAUUAA